GCACAUAGCUAGUAAUUGGAAAGCAUAAAGCUAAGCUGUACCAAAAAAUUUGAGUUCUAAAGCUCUAUAAAUUGAACCUAAGUUUUGAUUAUUUUAUGACCAUAUUUUAUGUUGGUAAAGAGGUAGCAGUAGCACACAAAAUGAAGAGUAGUUUUCUUAGGUGUAUGGCAAUCUUGGAAAAAAAUAAACCUUAUGUUGCAAUGCUCUUUAUUCAAUUUGUAUAUGCAGGAAUGGCUCUUCUUUCAAAGGCAGCAAUUUCCAAAGGAAUGAGUCCUUUUGUGUUUGUUGUUUAUCGCCAAAUCUUUGCAUCACUUGCCUUGUCUCCAUUUGCUUAUUUUGACAGCAAGCAUGGUGCUCCUUUGUCAUGCAACUUGUUGUGCAAAUUGUUUCUAGUUUCCCUUGUUGGGUUAACAGCAAGUUCAAACCUUUACUAUGUUGCUAUCAACUAUACCUCUGCAACAUUUGCUGCUGCAAGCACAAACACAAUCCCUUCCAUUACAUUUAUCAUGGCUGUUUUUAUUGGGGUUGAAAGCAUUUCAAUAAAAUAUAGGCAUGGAGUGGCAAAGAUUUUGGGCUCUUUUUUAUGCAUUUCAGGGGCAAUAGUAUUUGCUUUAGUCAAAGGACCUCCAUUAAGGUGGCAUCAUGAAAAUCAUUCUCAUGAAUUCACAAAGGUUCAUUCCAAAGAGGAUAACAUAAAAGGCUCCCUUAUGAUGCUCUUAGCAAAUACUGGUUGGUCUUUUUGGCUUAUUUUGCAGGGAUUUAUUGUAAAGCAAUAUCCAGCAAAAUUUCGGCUCACAAUUAUACAAUGCUUUUUUAGCUUCAUACAAUCAAGUAUUUUGGCCUUUGCAAUGGAGAGGAAUCCCUCUGCAUGGAAGCUAGGAUGGGAUUUUCAUCUUCUUUCUGUGGCUUAUUGUGGUAUAAUUGUAACAGGCAUUUGUUAUUGGCUACAAGUAUGCACAAUAGAGAUAAAAGGUCCAGUUUUCACUGCCAUGUUCACCCCUCUAGCUCUUGUACUCACAGCCAUUUUCUCGGCAAUUUGGUGGAAAGAAACACUCUUCUGGGGAAGUAUUGGUGGCACUAUUUUGCUAGUGAUUGGACUCUAUAGUGUUUUGUGGGGGAAGAAUAAAGAGGGUGUAAAAGAAGAAAACCAUGAAGAUGGAGAAGCAAAAGCUGAGACCAAAUUGGAGUGCGUUAUACAGUCCUGAUUGAUUAGACAAAAUUCAACUAAAGAUGUUCUCCCAUAUUUAUGUUGAAUGUACUUCCACAUGCUUCUUUAUAUUAUCAUGUAUAUCUUGUCAACUUUUAUUUUUAAGCUUUAUUGAUAUUUUUCUUA